AUGGACAAAGAGGGACGAGUGCGUUCACCGCAAGGUCGAAAGCCCUUGACAGACGCUGCCGCUAGAGCGAACCAUGGCCCAACAAGUGCGAUGCCUCAUGUCGAUAGAGUGGCAGUUAAUAGCGAGCAAUUGAAGUCCACUGACGCUGCAUCCUCACGUAUCGCACCAAAUUCCCCCGCUGUCGUGACCGACACGGCGCGACUCUCUGUCGCCACCGAAUCAACGGGAGCUUCGAAUAGAAACUCAGCAAUAUCAACGACAUCAACAGCUUCUGGGAAAGGGAAGCGCAAGACCCAUGUUGGGCCAUGGCAGCUCGGUAGAACCCUGGGAAAAGGCGCCACUGGCCGUGUCAGGUUGGCUAAACAUGCCAUGACUGGCCAGGCCGCUGCAAUCAAAAUCGUGUCUAAAAAAUCCGCGGCAAUGGUACAGAGUGAAAGUAUAGCAGCAAUGGACCGAAAUGCUGGGCUUCUAGGUGCCAAUCAGGCCACCCGGCCAAUGCCAUUUGGAAUUGAACGAGAAGUUGUAAUUAUGAAACUGAUCGAGCAUCCGAAUGUUAUCAAUCUUUACGAUAUUUGGGAAAAUCGUGGUGAACUGUACUUGGUUCUUGAAUACGUUGAAGGAGGUGAAUUGUUCGACUAUGUAUCUACUCACGGCCCUCUUCCCGAAGAAGAAGCUGUUCGACUGUUCCGACAAAUAAUCUCAGGACUUGCAUACUGCCAUCGUUUCAAUAUUUGUCACCGUGAUUUGAAACCGGAGAAUAUAUUGUUAGACUCCAAACAUAAUAUCAAGCUGGCUGAUUUCGGCAUGGCUGCUUUGCAACCUGCAGGGCAUUGGCUCAACACCUCGUGCGGAAGUCCACAUUAUGCUGCUCCGGAAAUAAUUUAUGGAAGGAGGUAUCGUGGUGACAAGGCAGAUAUUUGGAGCUGUGGCAUUAUUUUAUUUGCACUACUAACCGGUUUUCUUCCAUUCGACGGGGGAGAUUUGUCUAAUACACUGCGCUUAGUGAAAAAGGGUGACUACCACAUUCCUCCAUGGCUCUCUGUAGAGGCAGCCGACUUGAUUCAGCGGAUUCUUCAAAAGCGACCGGAGGAUCGGAUUAAUAUACAGAACAUAUGGAACCAUCCUCUCCUCAAGAAGUAUGAAACUCUACAUCAAGCGAUGUCCCAGCAUCAACUGGGACCGCCACCACCCCUUUCCGCCAAAGACUGUGGACCUCCGGUUGCUUCACGUACAGAUAUAGACACUGAAUUGUUGCGAAGUCUUCAAACUCUUUGGCACAGUGCCAAUUUUGAGACAUUGAUAGAGCGGCUUCUUUCUCAUGAACCAAAUCACGAGAAGAUGUUCUACAAUGCAUUGAUUAAGUUUCGGAAUGAACAACUAGAGAAUUAUCAUGGACAGCCUCUUGAGUAUUCAGCCAGCGAUUAUCAUCAUAUUUCAAAACCGGCUGCGGCUGUACGAGCAAUAGCAAAGCAUUCUAAGAAUGGCAGGCUACAAGGGCAUACGCGCCGCCGAUCACAAUUCUCCAUCCUUACUGAAGUGAGUCGACACAGUAGUACCGGCAAGGAACCGAAAUCUUCUGGUAGCUACGACCCUUUCAGGGCUUCUAAAACCCCGGUGUCGAAUCCAAGUAUCCAAUACACGUGUGUAACAGUUCAUCGAGAUCAAAAUUCUUCAGCAAAGCUAGAAGAGCAGCAACCUCACUCGCCAUCCAAGUCCAUCGCUCCGCCUUCGUCACCCCCUAAGGCAGAUAUCCCCUCCAGUCCUUCAGUAGAGAUAAUACAAUGGACUAGGACAAAGAAGUCACAACGAUCGUUCCGCUCCAAGAGUUCUCUAGCUACGUCUCGACUUGGAUAUAGUCCUGCACCGGCACACCGAGUGAUAGCAGGCUAUAAAAGAAACGUCUCUUUCCGUCACAUCAGGAGCCGCUCCGGCGGCGGGUCAUCAGUUAAAUCUAGAAUUGAACAAUCAAAUUCGCAAAACUCUAUUGCUGGUACACUCACCAGCACUGAAAGUUACAAAUUCUCAGUUCCCACCGGACUAUCUACAUGUAGAUUUAGCAGUCCUGCGCUUCCAACACAACCUACUGUGGUGCGCACCUCUGCUGUUGCUACCACAGACUCCGGACUAGAGACAACAAGGAUUCGAGAUAACUUUUGGAAAGAGGAAGCUCGCAAGGUAUCCAACGAGUUGAGUCAGAUCUGCGAGGAAGCGUUUAAUAGAUCUUCCGUGUCUACUGGGCAUACAGCUGUUAGUACUGCUACAACCGCGACAUCUAUGUCAAUCCAUGAGGACGCAGAGCGGGCUAAAGAGACGGUAAAAAGCGAAGUUACUGAGAAGCUCGCUGAGUUGCCUACUUCAUACACAGUUAAAGAACUGACCGAAACCCGUCGCAAGCUGCUCGAACAUUCCAGUAAAGCUGAAGCUGCAGGUCUUCCGGAUUACUUGAGUGAAGUUAUAGCUCAUCUGGAUAGACUUAUUGAGCAAGAUGUGGCUCGCAACGAAGAUAAGCAGGAUCUAUCGUACACGGAUUUGUACGAUGCAUAUAGGCGUUCAGUGUCAGAACCUGUUGUAAAACCAGCCGUGGAGACUGGCUACUUGCCUUCGAUCUCGGAAGAAAUAUUUACUCCUUUGGAAACGUCAAGCGGCUAUGACUUGCAGCGUAUGGAUCAGCGCGCCAUACCUGAGCCAUAUCCUCUCCUAUCCUCUAAGGUGGAUAGAAAAUCAACCAUUCGAAUGGUUCCUGAGUCGUCUCUCCGAUCUAUCGACGAGAUUAAACCGUUGGCAAUCCGCAAGCGAAAAGAUCCUACUGGCCACUCCUUGAGCAGCUCGCGACAUAGUUCAGCUGACUCCAUUGCACAAGUUCGCAGUUCAAUUUUACCAGUUGAACAGCGUACAACGAGCGAUUCAGUUGCCGCUAGUUUACGGUACAACUCGCGCUAUCCGAUGGUAUUGGAAACUAUUGCUGAGAACCCUGCCCCACCGCGACGCAGUGAAGUUAAAAUACCUAGUGGAGAGAAGAAAUGGUCAUGGUUUAGUAAACAGAAGUCUCGGGUCUCUGAAGAGAAGGAGACUUCUAACGCCGGCCCAAAAGAUGCCUCCCUGCCUGCCGUCAAGUCAGCACCCGCUACAGCCUCAAAUAACACAGAAGUAUCUCGUACAUCUGUGGAAGAAUCAAGUUCAGGCAGAAGAGUGUCCAGGGAGAGGUCCCGUGCUAGUUUCUUAAAAAUCUUUGGCAAGAAGAAGACUGAGAAAACAGACAAUGAAGGCUUGAAAGUUUCGGCAGCUUCUGGGGAUGACAAUGCUUUGCACAACGCCGCUUCUAGAGAUUCGGCUGUCAGUCAUGUGCCUAUCCCACAUACCAACCGUCAAAGCCGUCGAUCCUCAGGAGUCAACCAGAAUUGGUUCGCACGCUUCUUUCACGUGAAGCCUGCUACACGAGCGAUAGCAUUCAACAUACCAAAGGCGAGAAGCCGGAAAGAGAUAAAUAAAACCCUUCGCGAAUGGAAACAGUAUGGUAUGGAUGAUGUUCACCUCGACAAGACAGAGAACAUUAUCUACGGCCGUGUAGCUGAAACUAACUUUCUUCAUCUUCGGCCAGUAGAAUUUUCUGUUGAAUUCUAUACCGUUCUGGAACAUGGACGCCAUGCCAAUCUCAGUGUUGUCCGUUUCAGACAGGAGCGUGGUGCUGCAUCUUCCUUCCACAAAGUGGUUGAUACGUUGGAGAUGUUCAUGAAACGUCGAGGAUAUACGGUGGAAGAUCCAGCGCGGUCCAAGAAAAUGGUCAAAGUCCUGGAUAAUGUGCCGUGA